CUCUCUCUGCCCCGCUCAUGCUCUGUCUCUCUGUUUCUCAAAAAUAAAUAAACAUUUAAAAUUUUUUUUAAAUAUAAAAUAUGGAAUCAGCUUACAUGUACAAUGGUUGUUCACUGUUUAAAGGAACCUUAUUGUGUCUUUUUUCGCAAAGGUAGUAAUCACCCAUUAAUUUCUGCUAUCCUUACAAACUUUAAUUUUCACGUAUAACACAUUUAUUCAACAAAUUAUCGAAUGCUUAUUAUGUUGCAGACACUGUGUUAAGCAUUUAGAGUGGAGUGGUUAGCAGAAGAAGCGCGGCUGUCCUUCGUGGAGGAUGCGUCCUUCCAGAUCAGGAGACAGAGUUGCCCAGAACUCAGUGAGUGAAGGCGAGUAGGAAGCUGUCUCUGCAGCAUCUUGAUUCGGGAGGUGUUAUAUAGGCUUUGCCUCACAACCCUGCUUAACAAAUGCUUUGAAAUUCAGAACCUGCAACAGUCAUUCUCCAUGGGUUUGAUGAGAAGGGUAUAUAGCAGAGCUGGCAAUUCCCUCCUGUUGUCUUUCUAAUGUAACGCUGAAUUAUGAUUGUAGACCUCUUCCCUCAACUGCACUUUUUUCUAAUUUUCUUUUCUCUCUGGACAUUUCCCCAGCAUUGCUGGGGUCCACACCUCCAUAAGGCAUGUCUCAGAGGCUUACUUCGGAGACUCUUAAAUACCCUGAACGUGGACAUGUCCAGUUAGAUGUGUACCUGUCUUUAAAGAAAUAAGAUGUCUGUUGUUACAGUGCUAUGACCUCAGGUUCCAGAAUAUCAGUGCAACAUUCUUUAGAAGGGAGGUUUCACUUUGGAUUAAGUCUACGUUUGGAAUCAGCCUAUUGUCAAGGGGAGAAGGUUAAUCCCGGUGACAGGAAAACACUCCACUAUGAACUGGUUUGGAAAUUAUUUCUCUAGAUUUCCUGAGGAUGCUUCCUUACUCAACAUACACUCACCUCUGUUGCUUUCACUCAGAUCAUCUGAAGAUGAGCAACAUUUUAUUUCCAGCACGAGGAGCCAUGCACCAGCCCAGGCCGUGACGAAGCAGCCUGUCUGGGGAGAUACCGGCAGGACCACAAUCAUGAUUGUCCAGACAGGUGGAGACUGGAGCACUGGCCUCUUCAGUGUCUGCAGGGACAAGAGAAUUUGUUUCUGUGGUCUGUUUUGUCCAAUGUGCCUCGAGUGUGACAUCGCCAGGCAUCACGGAGAGUGCCUUUGUUGGCCAUUGUUACCUGGGUCCACCUUUGCACUGAGAGUUGGCACCAGAGAGAGACAUAAAAUACGGGGCACACUGUGUGAGGACUGGCUGGCGGUGCACUGCUGUUGGCCCUUUUCCAUCUGUCAGGUGGCCCGGGAACUCAAGAUGAGGGCCUCCCAACUCUACGAAAUCUGUGCAGCUCCGUCAACCAAGGACAACUUUAUCUGACAGAGCCAGAAAACUCUUCCUCCUCACCACCGCCCCCACCCCCGCCCUCCUCUCAAACCCCUCUUCGAAGAGAGAGUUCUUUUCACUGAAAUAAUAUGAAAAUAAAGGAUUUCUCCCCUAC